AUGAGCGAGGUUGAGUACACACAACUGCAACACAUUCUUUAUUCUCACAUGGAGUCCCAGACAGGGGAAGGUGAGCUGGAGACCCGGUUAAACCCAGCUUUGUAUCAGUCUUCCAAUUCUUCUAAUGCGGCUUCUUAUCCAACAGCCAAUUCUGCAAACCAGACUCCUUACUCAGCAGCUAACUCUACAAACCAGAAUCUUUACUCAGUUACCAGUACUGCAAACCCAACCUCAGACUCUCAAUGUUUAGGACACAUUGAUUUCCAAGAGUUGAAAAUGAUGCUUCUGAAUGAUCCUCCAUUGCCUGUAAAUAACGUAAAUAGUUUGCAAAACAUGGAAAAAUUCUCGCAAAAUUCUUCCACUGAAACAAACCGACUUAAUGGUCUCAAAUUGAAAAGUAGGGAUAUAGCAAGUAGUUCAGACAAGGAGAAGAAUCCAGGGGAAAAGUCAUUGACAAGCCAAGAAGCAAGGUGUAAAACUGGACCCAGAGUGCGUCUCGAGGACAGAUUUAAUGCAGUUCAAAAUGAAAACCAGGAACGUCAAGAGACACAGGAUUCUGGAGUCACAUUUAACAAUCUGGUUGCUCUUAUCCAUCAUCCUUCAGAACUGAUGGGGAUCCCUCUCCAUCCACAGCAAAGCAAAUGCACCACUUUAGUCAAGAGCAAGACUGGGACGUCCUCCACUUUGCAGUUUGCGUACCCCUUGUACACGUCAAAUACAUGUGUACCAGCUGGUAGUACCAGUGCUAAUCAAACACAGGAACUUCAAUCAGCCAGGCAGGCACUGAGUAAUUGUAACAGAAACAAACAGUUAUCUGAUCAAGUCUGGAUUAAAGAAGAAGAUGAAACUUUGCGCAAACACGUAGCAAACAAACGCUGCCGCAGUCGUUCACGGCAAGUUUCUGUAGAAACAGAACACAAAGUCCUUGGUGAUCUGACGAAUAUGGCAGAGAAUCAGAAUGCAAAUGUGCCACAAAGUGGUCAGUGGCAAACAACGCAUCCAACUCCCCCUGGCCCUACACAUGGCAACCAACAGGAACUGAACUGCCAGCGCAGAGAGAGGCAUAAUCGAAUGGAGAGAGACCGCAGGCGUAGAAUCCGUAUUUGCUGUGAUGAGCUGAAUUACCUUGUUCCAUUCUGCAAUUCUGAGACAGAUAAAGCUACUACCUUACAGUGGACCACAGCCUUCCUGAAGUAUAUUCAAGAAAAGCAUGGUGAAACACUAAAAAAGGAAUUUGAGAGUGUUUUCUGUGGAAAAACUGGCAGACGAUUGAAACAAGCAAGAGUAGAAGCAGCAGGAGAUCACUCAGUAACUGCCAGCCUACACAAUCAUGGUGUGGUGGAAAGUAAAUGAACACCAACAGAGAAAAGUUACAAUGCUGAGAAAGGGACACAGCUAGACGAAUCUGUCAGAUGCGUUAUAUCCAAACUCAGUUUCAGAAAUGGAGAACUAUC